AGGUUGGUGUACUUGUAGUUUGAGAUUUAAAAAUGGCCUUGCUGGGACGAAUGUUUGAGCUGGUUAGUUCGGAUUACUCUUUAAAAUUAUUUCGUUUUAAAUUAAAUCAGAACAAACUAUCACUCAUAUCGAAAAGUGCGAGUUCAAGCUCACCGAGUCAGUAUGACGUGGUGGUGGUGGGAGGCGGUAUCGUCGGCAUGGCGGCGGCACGUGAGCUGCUGAUUCGCCACCCUCGGCUCAAGUUGGCGGUGGUGGAGAAGGAGGCGGAGCUGGCCUAUCACCAGACGGGCCACAACAGCGGAGUCAUCCACGCAGGGGUCUACUACACCCCUGGCUCCCUCAAGGCGAAACUGUGUGUGCAGGGAAUGGCCCUGAUCCAGAAGUACUGCGACGAGAAGUCAAUCCCGUACAAGAAGUGUGGCAAGCUCAUUGUGGCCACGGACGAAUCCCAGCUGGGCAGGUUGCAGAACUUGUACGAGCGCGGCAGCGCCAACAAAGUCCCAGACAUUCAACUUGUCGAUCAGAAAAAGAUCAGAGAAAUAGAGCCUAAUUGUAGAGGCAUCAGGGCAGUGUGGUCGCCGCACACGGGCAUCGUGGACUACGGGCUGAUCACCCGGCGCCUCGGCGAGGACGUGACGGCUGCGGGGGGCACCGUCACCCUGGGCUUCCAGGUGACGGCCUUCAGGGACCUGCGGCAAGACGGGGGCUCCUCCCGGGAUGCCACCAAACACCCCAUCUGCAUCGCGGGCAAGGACUCGGAGAUCCACGCGAGCUACGUGCUGACGUGCGCGGGGCUGCACUCUGACCACCUGGCCCAGCUGUCGGGCUGCUCCCGGGAGCCCCGCAUCAUCCCCUUCCGGGGCGAGUACCUCAGCCUCAGCCCCAGCAAGGCCCACCUCAUCCGGGGCAACAUCUACCCCGUUCCAGAUCCGAGGUUCCCUUUCCUGGGUGUGCACUUCACCCCUCGCAUGGAUGGCAGUGUGUGGAUUGGACCGAAUGCCGUCCUUGCGUUCAAGAGGGAAGGAUACAGCUGGACUGAUAUCGACGCUGGGGAGAUGCUGGACGUGCUCGGCUUCUCCGGCUUCCGCAAGCUGGCCGUGCGGCACUUGCGCUACGGGGCGUCGGAGAUGCUCAAGUCGCUGCUGGUCGGCCUGCAGGUGAAGGAGCUGCAGAAGGUCAUACCCGGCAUCACGGCCCGGGACGUGGCGAGACAGCCAGCAGGCGUUCGCGCUCAGGCGGUGGACGGCGAUGGGAACCUGGUGGACGACUUUGUUUUCGAAACCGGCUCGUCCGACUUCACCAAGCGGAUCCUGCACUGCCGCAACGCUCCGUCGCCCGCCGCCACCUCGUCGCUCGCCAUCGCCAGCAUGAUCGCUGACAGAGUCGAGACGGAGUUCAAGAUCAGGUAGUGCCGGCGAGUAUUGUCGGGAGACAAGCAUCCGGGAUCUGGCUUCGUGCAUCUCUCGAUUCAGCUAGUGUUUUUCUGAAAAGGGGGGGCCGAGAGAAAGGUGAUUAUUGCUGUGAUUUGUGAAAUAAGGUGAUGAUUGUGGGAGCCACACACUUAACCGAUAUUGAUGAUAAAUCAUCUUUUAUCUUUUAUUUAGAGUCCCAGUGUUCAUAUCUGUUGCACAAUCUAAGAGAUUGUUGGUUUUGUGCACCCUGAAGAUUUAUAUCUAUUUAACCCCAGUCUUAUUUUCAUUCUAAUAGUUGAGAAUUUUUCCUUUUAUCGAGGUAAUAAAUUCUAAAAAUUCUCAACAAACAUGCCAUUAUUCAUUACUUUCUGUUUCCAGCUUCUGGUUGAAUCAGUCAACUAUUUACCCAAAAUUAUUUAUACAGGUAUUUACCCAAAUAAGCCACACCCUCAGAUAAGUAUCGCACCAUUCUUUUAAAAACAGAACUUGUGACCAUAGUUAAAGUUUAUGUUAAAUGUUUUCUGCAAAACUAAAAACAUUCUGGUAUUGGUGUUAUCUGCCAGUAAUUUUUUUUCCGGUAGUCUAAUUCUUGUUGUAAGAAUACUUUGUCUCAAUAUUUCCAGUAAAAAUCUUAAUAUUUUAUUUUACGGGACUAACUGUGAAUGCACGGAGAAAAGUGUCAUGAAUGUAAAAUAGCUAAGGUCUGCAGCUGUUAUAUUUACUGCAGCAAGUGCCGUUAACUUCUCUGCCACGAAUUACUGAAUCAGUGCUAUGUUACAAAAAUAUUUAUAUAUUAAAUAAGUUUGGAAAUUGCCAAAGCAUAUGCCAAAAAUCUUUCCUUUAAGAUAAAAUUUUUAUUGCAUUAACAUCAUCAAUCAACUACCAAUAUUUAUUUUUCUCCAGACCAGUAUAUGAAUUACCACAACGUAUUUUCUUCUAAUACCACUAAUUCCCACGUCCUUAAUAUUUUGGAUCAUUUUAGGUUUUUUCAAGCAAUGCAUAGAUUAUUGAAAUAUCUUUCUCACAGGCACACUCUCGCUAAACAUUUGCAAGAUGUCCAUCAUCCAUUGAACAGUGGCUUUUUAACCAACCUAGGAGCUUGAUGGAACUACCGUGUUUUCUCGCAUAAUCGUCGCACAAUUUAUUCUAAAAUCAAGUUUGAAAAGUAGGGGUGCAAUGAUUAUGCGGAAAAAAAAUUUUUGUUAGGUAAAGUUAUUCAUAAAAACAAAACCCGUUCAUGGAAAGUACGUUUAUUUAAAAAAAAAAGGUGGAGUAUACAAGAGCACAACAAACAGUUUAUAUUAAUAAUUCAUUAAACAAAAACCUUCCUUCAACUUUAAAUAGAUAAACCAAACUCUGACGCGAACACAAGCCACUUGAAUCUGUGACGUGAACUAACGCGUAACUUACCACGAAAGAGUGCGGGCAGUCAAAUGUAGUUAACUUGGCACCUGACAGAGAGUGCACGUUGCAUGCAUUUGGCGAGAUAUCGUUCGUUAUUCGACUACGUGUGCGCGCUCUAUAAGGGAAACAACAUAACCAAACACGAAUGAUGCCAACUAGCGCUGGCUACAUGUUCAUAAGCAGUACACCACGGCGACGCAUACUAUCAGAUAAAGGAAAUAAAUUUAAAAAAUGUCUUUAAAAGAAAAUUUACACGUCAAACAACUUCUUAUUUCCGUUAAUUGAAUAAGUAAGUGGUAAUUUCUGAAUAAAUACUAGAUUUCUACUUUAAAAUACAUUGUUUUAUACAGAAAAGAUACCUACACAAAGCACUCGGCAUCUAAUAGCGGGACCAAAAACAUCAUUCGACAUUUACGUGAGAAGUUUUUUUAUCCCAAUUUUGAUGGCCAAAAAUAUAGGUGCGACGAUUAUGCGAUAAAAGAAGGUAGAACUAUGAUGAAGCUUUGCCAUGCAGCAUUGAAAACUUUUGAAUAAGGCACGCACAACGGUUUUUCAACACACAUUACGAAAAUUGUGUGCUGUUUAUUUGGGUGAAUACGGUAAGUAUUGUUUUAAGUAUUUUAUUACUGUUCUAUUAUAACAAAGAGGAAUUACCGAUUUUUCUGCAGUUAGCAUAGAGUUAAUUUGGUUCAACAACUCACGUCGAUGAUAACGACAUGGCCUUGUUAAAAUGAUUUGCAGUUUAUGCCCAAUAUUAAGAGCACUUCUAGUGUGUUACCUCCAGUGUUACUAUUCAUCUUCCCUCCCAGAGUCCGAGCAAAAAUCAAACCCAUGUCAUACAAUGAGUUCUGACAUUUAAAAGUAUGACAUUCCAGAAAGUAAUUGUGACUAGGGUAAGGCCCUGUGAUAUUGUCAUUUGUACCUGUUUUUUUUUUUUAUUGUUUGCAUUUGAGAGUGAUGUUUCACAGGCACAAUUGAUCAAGAAUGUGUAAACUGUAGUAUUGCAAAGAGUGUUUAAUGAAAUUUUCAAAAUUUCACUGUUACCAAAAUGCUUAUGCUUUUUAAAAUAAAAAUAUUUAUUUUUUCA